GCAAGCGCACGACGAGAGGUGCUGCUACAAUCGUGUGUGGAUAAACCGAAAGUUGGUCCAAGGCGGGCUAGCCCACAUCCAAAACAUCGGAUUGUGCGUUGUGUAGAAUACUCCCGUCAGGAAGUGGGCGUGUUGUGAUUACAAUAACUGUCACUCGCAUCACCCAUCGCUUCUUUCUGCUGUGCCCGAGACGCGGGAGUUUCGUAGGAUGGCUACCGGAGUUCUAGUGAGCUACCCUUCGCCAGUGCUGCACGAGUCGCGCUCAGCAGUCUUCAAGAAAGACCUGUGCAUCCGGCAUUCCAAGUCGGACCCCGUGCUGGUGACGCUUUCGCAAAACUCUCCGCUGGCACGAUGCUCAGAACAGGACAGCUGUUGGGACAGCAUUGAGGAUUUGGCACAGCAACACCUUCUAGCACAGGGAGCCGACGCAGUCACCUUGGAGGGCCUCAAGAACCACUACAACUCCUGCUUCACGUGUGGAGUUAGCUGGUAUGAGGACCACGCGUCCUUGGACUGUGCCGAGUGCGGUGGAUAUGCCUUGCGCCGCCCCUGUCUGCACUGCAAUGGCAGCUGCGAUGAAGUCUGGAGCAGAGACUUGGAUGCCUCCCACAAGCAGAGGCGUGCCCAGUGGCUCGGCGAGUGCAAGAAGGCCCCCCAAGAUGCUGCUCCAAAGAGCCAGCAAGACUCUUGAGGACUACCUCCCCACCUAGGGUGCCUUUACCAGGCAGCAGCAGCACCACCACUUCCAUCAACUGUACAUAGGACAAAUCCCUGGUUGAUCCCAUUGCGUCGCAAGUUUUCUCAACUGCCUUAUACAUCGAGCCUCGAUCGAUAAAGGUCUCCAAGGCGUGCACGCCUCGUCGUCGCAGUGUCUCCCGUUCUUCGGAAAUGUCUCGUGGCACCCGCGCGAGCAUUUAGUGGCCACAGACUCGCUGGACUCUUGUGUUGUGGAGCUGGACUUGAAUGCACCGUGCGACAAUACCCGUGGGAAUUUGCAUAUGAGCGCUAUCCGUAGCGUCAUAGUGUGGGACAAGUUACCAAUCCACACUGCAGUCAUUGAUCCAAUGAAAAGGAAAGGGCGCCUGUAACAUUCCAUGUCUACGCCAAGUCAGUGGCCCCAUUCCCGAGACGAGUUGGGGAAAACGGGCCGCUGGCGGAUCAACGAAGGAUAUUAUUUUGUACAUAUGUGGGUGCUUGUUUCGUGUUUCGCACUUCUUUGUCCAUCUGCAUCAUCUUGUCUCCUCUUGUUUUGAAGGUAUGUCCAGAAAAAGCGGCCUGCGGUAAUUUUUCGAAACCCUAGAACAUCCUAGGCAGUCUUCCCUUUUAAAAUGGUGACAAAAGCACGAUUAGAAUCGUCUGUGGCUUGAGAGCAAUCGUAGGACAUAAAAAAAAAAUUUGAACUUGUAGUUCAUGCCCGUUUUGGCUUCUACCUAUACCAUAGUGUCAACUUAGUGCUGCUUAACGGCAAACACGUGCUCUCUAUGAAGGUGAUGAAUGUACCAUAAUGACUUUUCCAGCGGUGAUUACGUUUACAGCUCAAGACCAAAGGUGGUAACUUUUUUUUUUUCACGCUCUCAAGGCUGUUACUGAGCCACAUCUGACGAAAUGGCAAAAGUGCCGCUUUUUCCUUGUAAAACGACAGUAGAUGUUAAGACAAAGUUUACUGCAAAACCAUAUUGUGUCUAGUGUGUGUAAUUUGUCAUUUGUCCAUUAUAUUUUGUGGUAGUUGCCACUGCAUGGAACAAAAAUGUCUGCUUGUACAUUGACGACUUUGUGGAGGUGUGAAAACUUAGGUGCUCGGCUGUAAGCAGCAGCUGCCCACAAAUCUUUUAUGUAGUUAACUCAUACUAGCGACGUUUGAUCAAAACUAUAUUACAAGUGUAAACAAUGCUGCCAUCAUGCUUCAGCUACUGUGUAUUAGGUGUCUGACAAUCUUGAGAUUAACAUAAACCAGCUGCUGCUGACAGCCGAAAAACCACUGCUGCUUCAUGCCUCACUGGUCUGCAUCUAACUGCCGCACUUUGAGAAGUUGGUGAAAUGUUGAUUUUAAGUUGCUACUCACUUGCACACCAAAGCUGUCAUUGCUGCCUGAACAUUUCUGCCUUUUUAACUUUUUAAAAGUUUUCCGUCUCUUUCACUGUGUGCCAAAAACCCUUUUAAUCUGUGCCCACGUUUGCAAAUGUUUCUCUUUUUUGCUUCUUGCACUGUAAAUUGGUUCUUUUGCCACAGACAAUUUUCUUCUGAGAUUUAGAAACAGAAAUUUUGCAGUUCAGUCAAACAGGCCAGUGAGAUAGACAUUCUUAGUCUCGUUUGAUGCUGGAAGAGGAUUCAUGAUAUGAGUGCCUAACGCGAGAGCUUCAAGAAGCAAUGUGAAAUGAGUGCCUUGGGUAGUGGAUAUGGAAACAAUCCAUGAAGUGUGUAUUUUUGUAAGAAGAGAAAACCAAUGCUGGAAAGCAAAUGGGCAGAUAAAGGGGCUGAAGGCAAAAUGACACUGUGGUAGAGUGGAAUUGCAGAAUUUCGAGUUCUUUGCAACACUGAGCUAUUAGGGCAUCCAUGGUGCAUGUGCACUGCCUGUGAAGUCGCUAACAUUUUACCAUCAUCGAAGCACUACUCUACAACAGUACAGUUCUAUGUGGUGAUCCAAAACUUCAAAUAAAUGGUAGCUGUGAAAGGAAUCAUCUAAUCAACAUUCAGACAACAAACACGUACGACGAUUAAAUACCACGUGCUGUUUAAUGCUCCUCUUAAAAAAAAAAAAAAAUGUUGUGCGGUAGUAUUUAAUUUCACUGUAAGUAGGUCUAAAACACAAACCAUCUGUUCCGUUUUAUAUCAGCUAACUGUUUACAUAAUGAAGGAAAGAAAUUGAGGAAGGAAACUUUCUUGCUUUUUAUGAACUCGCACACACUAUUUAUGCCUUCGGCUUCCAAUGAUGAGCUCACAUCAAAAUUUUCAGUGCUGCAGACUCCAGUGCUAGCCUUCCACUGCGCAGAGACCAGAGCAUUGUGCAUGUCUUAUUUAUUGAACCAUGUCACGAGGAAUGUGUGUCUUUCAAAACGUCCAUGGUUUGCAAUAAAGGCUCUCUGUCACUU